CAGCGGGGCAGGCGGCUGCUGCGUCUCUGUGGUCGUCAGAGGUGGGCGGCUUUCCCAGAGUGGCUGCUAAAGCUGGAGCUCGGACGGGAAAAGGAUCUCAUCCUGUAGUCCGGGCUAUCCUCAGACCCAUCUUCAGCCUCGCCAUAAACACUUUCAUUGUAAAAAUAUACCUCAUGUGCAACCGACAUCCAGGAUGUUUCGUCUUAACACCCUGUCUGCAUUGGCAAAACUAGCUGUGGGCUCUCGAUGGUACCAUGGAGCAUCUCAGCCCACACAGACCAAGAGAAGACUGAUGAUGGUGGCCUUCCUGGGAGCAUCCGCAGUGACUGCCAGUACUGGUCUCUUAUGGAAGAAAGCUCAUGCGGAAUCUCCGCCAUGCGUCAACAACAAAAAGGCUGAUGUUGGUGAUAAAGGGAAGACUAAAGAUGAAGGGGAAGUCUCUUGCCAUGAAGGAAGGGCUGUGGAUGCUGGGGCGGAGCCUUACCCGGAAGAGAAGAAAAAGAAGCGUUCUGGAUUCAGAGACAGAAAAGUGAUGGAAUACGAGAAUAGGAUCCGAGCCUACUCCACACCAGACAAAAUCUUCCGAUAUUUUGCCACCUUGAAAGUAAUCAACGAACCUGGAGAAGCAGAAGUGUUUAUGACGCCCCAGGACUUCGUGCGAUCCAUAACCCCAAAUGAAAAGCAACCCGAACACUUGGGCCUGGACCAGUAUAUAAUAAAGCGCUUUGAUGGAAAGAAAAUUGCCCAGGAACGAGAAAAAUUUGCUGAUGAAGGCAGCAUAUUCUACACCCUUGGAGAAUGUGGGCUCAUCUCCUUCUCUGACUACAUUUUCCUUACAACUGUACUCUCCACUCCUCAGAGAAAUUUUGAAAUUGCUUUCAAGAUGUUCGACUUGAAUGGAGAUGGAGAAGUAGACAUGGAGGAGUUUGAGCAGGUUCAGAGCAUCAUUCGCUCCCAGACGAGCAUGGGCAUGCGGCACAGAGAUCGCCCCACUACUGGGAACACCCUCAAGUCUGGCUUGUGUUCAGCCCUCACGACCUACUUUUUUGGAGCAGAUCUCAAAGGGAAACUCACCAUCAAAAACUUCCUGGAGUUUCAGCGGAAACUUCAGCAUGAUGUUCUGAAGCUGGAGUUUGAACGCCAUGACCCGGUGGAUGGAAGAAUCACUGAGAGGCAAUUUGGUGGCAUGCUGCUGGCCUACAGCGGAGUGCAGUCCAAGAAGCUGACCGCCAUGCAAAGACAGCUGAAGAAGCACUUCAAGGAUGGGAAGGGCCUGACUUUCCAGGAGGUAGAGAACUUCUUCACUUUCCUGAAGAACAUUAACGACGUGGACACCGCGUUGAGCUUUUACCACAUGGCCGGAGCCUCUCUCGAUAAAGUGACCAUGCAGCAGGUGGCCAGGACAGUGGCGAAGGUGGAGCUCUCAGACCACGUGUGCGACGUGGUGUUUGCACUCUUUGACUGCGACGGCAAUGGGGAGCUGAGCAAUAAGGAGUUUGUUUCCAUCAUGAAGCAGCGGCUGAUGAGAGGCCUGGAGAAGCCCAAGGACAUGGGCUUCACCCGUCUCAUGCAGGCUAUGUGGAAAUGUGCCCAAGAAACUGCCUGGGACUUUGCUCUGCCCAAAUAGGGUCCCGCUGCCUGCACCCUAGCACCUGGACCCCUGGAGUGGCCCUUCAUGCUGCUGCCGCUGCUUCUGGGAGUAGUACCCCCCCCCCAUCUUUCUGGGAUUGACCUCUGGGCUUAGCAGGCUUCCCUCUUCACCCUUCCCUGACCCAGUCAGUUGCUACUAGACUUCAAGUUGGCAGCCAGAUCAAAGGUUUUAAAAAAACAUGGACAAGUCUUCAAAGUGGAGACUUUAGCUCCUUCAACUAGUGCCCUGUGGAUAAAGAAUGCAAGGAGACCUCUGGAUACCCGCCAGUGCUGGGGAGCACCCCCUCUCCAGGCUCUCUCCCUCCCGACACCCACCGGCCCUGGGGAGCACCCCUCCCUCCAGGCUCUCUCCCUCCUGGCACCCACCGGCCCUGGGGAGCACCCCCCCUCCAGGCUCUCUCACUGUGGGUUUAUCUUCUUCCUCCUGCUGUUCCUAAGCUGCAAGUUUGAAAAUACUCUGGUGGGCAAGAGGAAGUCUAUGAGAAAUGAUAAUGCAGGUGACCCUGGCGCCCCGCGCUGGCAGGAGGCCUGGUUGGAGGAUCUGUGUCAGACACCGGCAGCUCCAGGAAGGCCUUGCGCUCCCAGCAGAGUUCCAGAGUCAAAGGAGCUGCUCCAUGCUCCUCUGUGCCCUCAUUUCCCUCCAAGGCUCCCAGUGUCACUUUCCCUCUCUAUGGGCUUGCCGAGCCCAGACCCGGCUCAGCCCAUCCGCCCUGUCUAAAACACUCGUAAAAUAUCACUUUAAUUAUACC